AUGAUUCGAAACAUUACUUGUAUUGGCGCUGGAUUUGUUGGCGGACCAUUAGGCGCAGUGAUUGCAUAUCGCUGUCCCGAAAUUACAGUGACGGUUGUCGAUAAGAAUGCCGCCAGAAUCGAUUCAUGGAACUCAGAUGCCUUGCCCAUGUAUGAGCCUGGUCUGAGUGACAUCAUAGCUGAGGUCAGACAGCGCAAAGAUGCUUGUAAUCUCGUUUUUUCUUGUGAUAUUGAAAGAGCGAUCCAUGAGGCCGAUAUUAUUAUGCUAUGUAUCGAUACUCCGACCAAAAGAUUCGGCAUCGGAAGUGGCAUGGCGCUGGAUCUGGGCCACAUUCAGGCAGCGAUUCGCACAAUAGCAGACGUAGCGACCACUGAUAAGAUCGUUGUAGAGAAAUCAACAGUACCAUGUGGUACAGCCUCGAGAAUUCAAGAUUUGGUAUGCUCCAUUUUCCUUCUCUUGAAAUUGCUUGCUAAUUUUGAAAUAAAAAAGCUCGUCUCGGGAUCAAAAGGAAACUGUCAAUUCGAAGUACUUUCCAAUCCAGAAUUUCUCUCUGAAGGCACCACUGUCACGGAUCUAUUACAUCCAUCUCGAGUAUUAAUUGGAUGCCAACGCACAGAAUCCGGUCGACAGGCAACAGAGAAAUUGGCGCAAAUCUAUAGAAAAUGGACCCCUCCCGAGCUCAUCAUUACUAUGGAUCAAUGGUCAGCGGAGCUGUCCAAGUUAGCCUCAAAUGCACUCCUUGCACAGCGCAUAAGCAGCAUCAAUUCAUUGAGUGCUAUUUGCGAGGCUGUUGGCGCAAAUAUUGAUUCCGUCGCUGAAGGAUGUGGCUCCGAUCCUCGAAUUGGUGGGAAAAUGCUACGCAGUGGGCUAGGCUGGGGAGGAAGCUGUUUCCCAAAGGAUGUUGCGGCGUUAGUUUAUCUUGCACGCAGCUUGGGGCUCAACCCCGUCGCUAAUUAUUGGAAUGCUGUAUUGGAAAUGAACGAGGACCAACAAACCCGAUUCAUGAAACGUAUUCUCGCUUGUAUGCAACGCUGCAUCAAUGGGAAGAAUAUUACUGUUCUAGGUUUCUCAUUCAAGAAAGAUACAUCAGAUACCAAGCAUUCUCCAUCAAUUCAAUUGGUUCGGGAGUUGCUGGUAGAAGGAGCUACUGUCUGUGUUUAUGAUCCGAUGGUUUCGGAAGCACAGAUAUAUACAGAUGUCAGUCCAUCAAAGGAGGAUUCAAUGCGACUUCGUGUCUUCUCUACUGCUGAAGAAGCCUGUGUCGGUGCCGAUGCUGUCAUUGUUGCCACAGAAUGGGAUGAAUUUAAGACCCCCGAAGCCAUCUUAGCCUCUCACCAAGUCAAUGGAAUCAAUGGAAUCAAUGGAAUCAAUGGAAUCAAUGGAAUCAAUGGUGUCAAUGGUGUCAAUGGUGUCAAUGGUGUCAAUGGUGUCAAUGGUGUCAAUGGUGUCAAUGGUGUCAAUGGUGUCAAUGGUGUCAAUGGUGUCAAUGGUGUCAAUGGUGUCAAUGGUGUCAAUGGUGUCAAUGGUGUCAAUGGUGUCAAUGGUGUCAAUGGUGUCAAUGGUGUCAAUGGUGUCAAUGGUGUCAAUGGUGUCAAUGGUGUCAAUGGUGUCAAUGGUGUCAAUGGUGUCAAUGGUGUCAAUGGUGUCAAUGGUGUCAAUGGUGUCAAUGGUGUCAAUGGUGUCAAUGGUGUCAAUGGUGUCAAUGACUUAGGAACAAAUGGCGUUGAAAAAAAUGGCGCACAUGAGCAAUCCGGAAAAACAAGUAUCGACUGGCCUUCCAUCGUGGACGAUAUGAAACAGCCUGCUUUCAUAUUUGACGGUAGAAAUAUGCUAAGCAGUCAAUACUUGGAAAGCUUAGGUUGUCGAUACGUGGGGAUUGGACAUUCGUCAAAAUGGGAUGACGUCCAUUACCCAUUAUUAUAA